AUGUCCUCCCAGCAGAAGAUCGCCAUCGUCUCGGUCUACGAUAAGACCGGUCUGUUGGACCUGGCCAAGGGUCUUGUCCAGCAGAAUGUUCGAAUUCUCGCCUCUGGAGGCACCUCUAAGAUGAUCCGAGAGUCGGGCUUCCCUGUCGAGGACGUUUCCGCCAUCACCAAGGCCCCUGAGAUGCUUGCUGGUCGCGUCAAGACUCUGCACCCUGCCGUCCACGCUGGUAUCUUGGCCCGCGACCUCGCCUCUGACGAGAAGGACCUUGCCGACCAGAACAUCAACAAGGUUGACUACGUCAUCUGCAACCUCUACCCCUUCAAGGACACUGUCGCCAAGAUCAACGUCAGCAUCCCCGAGGCUGUUGAGGAGAUCGAUAUUGGUGGUGUUACCCUCAUCCGCGCUGCCGCCAAGAACCACAAGCGUGUUACCAUCCUCAGCGACCCCAACGACUACGCGGGCUUCCUCAAGGAGCUCGAGAAGGGCGACGUCACCGAGAGCAGCCGCAACCGAUACGCCCUCAAGGCCUUCGAGCACACUGCCGACUACGAUGCCGCCAUCUCCCAGUUCUUCCGCAAGGAGUACGCUGGUAACGGCGACCAGUACAGCGCUCUCCGAUACGGCGCCAACCCCCACCAGAAGCCUGCUGCCGCCUACGUUUCCGAGGGUAACCUUCCCUUCAAGGUCCUUGGUGGCUCUCCUGGUUACAUCAACCUCCUCGACGCCCUGAACGCCUGGCCUCUCGUUAAGGAGCUCCACAAGGCCCUUGGCAAGCCCGCCGCUGCCAGCUUCAAGCACGUCUCUCCUGCUGGUGCUGCCAUCGGCCUCCCUCUUACUGAGGAGGAGAAGAAGGUCUACUUUGUCCACGACAUUGAGGGCAUUGACGAGUCCAGCCUCGCCCAGGCUUACGCUCGUGCCCGUGGUGCCGACCGCAUGAGCAGCUUUGGCGACAUGAUUGCUCUUAGCGACGUCGUUGAUGUUCCUACUGCUCGCAUCAUCUCCAAGGAGGUCUCUGACGGUGUCAUUGCUCCUGGCUACGAGGAAGCCGCUCUUGAGAUCCUCAAGAAGAAGAAGGGUGGCCGAUACCUGGUUCUUCAGAUCGACCCUGAGUACAAUCCUCCUGCUACCGAGACCCGCACUGUCUACGGUAUCAACCUCCAGCAGCACCGUAACGAUGUUGAGAUCACCCCCAAGCACUUCAACACCAUCAUCACCCCCAAGGACACUGCUUCCCUCCCCGAGAGCGCUGCUCGCGACCUUACCAUCGCCACCAUCACUCUCAAGUACACUCAGAGCAACUCUGUGUGCUACGCCUACAAUGGACAAGUCGUUGGUCUCGGUGCUGGACAGCAGUCCCGAAUCCACUGCACCCGACUUGCUGGCGACAAGGCCGACAACUGGUGGAUGCGAUUCCACGAGCGCGUUCUCGGCAUCAAGUGGAAGAAGGGUACCAAGCGUCCCGACAAGAGCAACGCCAUUGACCUGCUCGUCAGCGGCCAGCUCCCUAAGGAUGGUCCUGAGCGCGAGGCUUUCGAAGGUGUCUUUGAGGAGGUCCCUGCUGCCUUUACUGCCGAGGAGCGUGAGGCUUGGAUGAAGCAGCUCAAGAAUGUUUGCGUUUCCAGCGACGCUUUCUUCCCCUUUAUUGACAACGUCUUCCGCGUGUCUCAAUCAGGAGUCAAGUAUGUUGCUGCCCCUGGAGGCAGCCAGAACGACUCUGCUGUCUUUGACACCGCCGAGAAGCUGGGCAUUACCUUUGUUGAGCAGAACAUUCGUCUGUUCCACCACUAA